UUAAAUUUAAUUGCAGGUUCAUAUCUUCCCACAUUUCCUUCUACCCAUCAUCUCUCUCAGGUGCUGGUGUGACCAACUGUGGGGAGCCUCCCUUGUAGGGAAACAGGCUACAAAAUUAAAUGGGGUGUCUAGAGAUAUCUAGGGGUUCCUGCAACUAAUACAGCUCUUAAAUGUGAGACACAAAACCUCUUAUUAAGAGUCCUGGGGCAUUGGUUCAAACUGGACCCUUCCCCUUUCCUGGUCCCCAGGGUUCACCUCUCAGUUCCACACUCACAUGCUCCGUUACACGGGACUGCCUCUGAAGCCUAAUUUUACAUAUCAGUGCACCUUCCCUCCUGAACAAAACCAUAAGCCAUCCCAGAUAGCAAAUUUCACGAUCCGUAUUCUCAGCCUGGCAGCACUCUCCGGAGCAGCGAUUACUAGCACAUCACUCUUUGGCACUCCCUUUUUCCAAGCCUCUCUGCCUUGAGGUAGGUAAAAGAGUCUUUAUGGGUGUUUGAUCUCCUCUUCUCAGCGUUAGCCCUUUAGUUGCUUCUGAGUGGCUUUCUAGUUACUUGAUGAUUUCUGCAGUGCUUUGAGGGUUGACAAACAGUCUUCCAGUUGGGUACAUUUUGUCCAGGCUUUUGAUUAUGACUCUUAAGUGCUUCCACAUUUGCCAAACCCUAUUCCCUUGGUCUGUGUGGGCUACAUAAGAUUUUGUGUGUCUUUGUUACUCAGUGGUACUCAGUGAGGCUCAAGUACUAGAGUGAGACUGUGCCUGAGCAAUCAAUCUCCUGGAUUAAGUGGUGGAAAGCCAUAGGAUAGUACAGCAGUAGGACUGGAAGGGAUCAUCUUAUCCUGUCCCUACAUCAGGGCAGGAUCCAACCUAACUAUAACAUCCCAGCCAGUUGCCUGUCUAACCUGCUCUUGACAAUUUCCAGGUGUACAGAUCUGACAACUUCUCUAGGUAGCCUGUUGCAAUGCUUAACCACCCUCAUGGUCAGAAAGUUCCUCCUAAUCUCUGCUGCACUCUUUCUGAUCUGUCUACAUCUUUCCAGAAGUGUGGGGCCCAAUGCCAGACAUAAUAGUCCAGGUGAGGCCUCACCGGUGCCUGAUAGAGGGAAAGAAUCACUUCCCUUGAUUUGCAAGCACCACUGCUGUUAAUGCAGCAGGAGGAUUGUAACAAGGUGCAUGGCUCAGGGGCUGAAGCCCAAGUGCAGGGGUUCGAGGGAAUAGCUGCCUGCCUGGAAGCUCUGGGCCAGCUGGCAGGGAUGAUUGUCUGGCCAUUAGGUAGUUAAAAUUCCCCAGGAUGGCGGCUGAGGGGGAGAGGAGGAGGAGGAUGUGCUGGUGGUCGCAGUGGUGAUGUCUGGUACAUUGAUGGAAAAGCACAGAGCCUGGGUUUCCUCUCCCUCUAGGUCUGAGGAGAGACCAGAAGAUUUACUUCUGUUGUUUGCACAUUUGUUUGUGUUGUUUCUUGCUCUGUUUGCUGUGUGGACAAGCUUCCCACAUGUAAAAUAAAGGGACAGGAAACUGGAGCAAAGUGCUGACUGGCCUUUGUGAGUAAGCUGGGUCUUGGAUCAAGAUAAAGGAGGGAUGGCUCACUCCAGGGAUGCUCCUGGGUUUUUUCCACCAUAACACAUGAUUGGCUCAUAAGCAGCUUAUGGUCCAGUGUAACCCCCAGGUCGUUUUGCAGUACUGCAGCCUGGCCUGUCAUUCCCAAGCCUGAAUCUGUGCAUGCAAUGAUUAGGUCCCAAGUGCAAGACUGCCCUUUUUUUGUUGAAUUUGAUCCAAUUCAGUUGAGACAGUUUGCCAGUCUUUGAGUCUUAACAUAGGUCCACAUCUGCUGGUCCUUCCUCUGGUAGAUAAUUUCCCUAUCAUGACAUUUAUGCAUGCUAUCAUUAAUUGGUAUAUAUGAUCUGAUUUUCUCCCCAGCAGGAGCUGAGCUGAAGGUAGGCAAUUUUACAGGGGUGUAAUGGGACAUUCUGGAUUUACUGCUCAUUUCCUUUUUUUUUUUUAACUUUCUCCUAGUGCUGUCCCCUUCCUGCUGUCUCUUUCUCUCUCUCUCUCUCUCACUCUCUCCCCCACCCCCAACUUGUCUAUUGUGUUCUAUUUUCUCUCUCCUUCGUAUGCUCUUUCUUCUGCAGUCCUUUCAUAGCAUCUCUUGAAAUGAACUUGAAUUCACAAAGGCUUGUACUCUAUAUACGUGUCUUAUUUUUUAGUCUGUGAAGAUGCAUAUCUACCCUGCCUCCUGCCAGAGUUUAGAGGAUCACUGGAGUUUAGAGCAUCACCCUACCAUUCCUCACACCUCAGCUAUGCUAAUAGAGUUGCUCUGUGAUUAUGCCCCUUCUGUCCAAGCAACACAUUUACCAGAGGCUUUAAGUCUGAACCCUUCAGGCCAUGCCAGCUUUACAGCCCCAAAAACAAACAUUGAAGAGUUUAACUCUGCAACUGGUUUCCUGCUCCAAGAACGCAGUUGAGGACCCGGCACAAGAAGGUGUCUCUGGCCCAGUGCUCCCUCCUUAGCUCCAGUAAUUGAUUGCACUUGGGAGGUGUCUCCAGUGCCUUGAGUAUACUUGGGUCUGCAAGGAGCUCUAGUGUGUUGCCAUUUGGUUAGUCCAAGAAAUCCCGUCAUUGGCACUGUGCAAACCAAACCACUGAAAUCAUCCCAUGCACCCUCCUUUUCCUACUGAUCAAGAUAAAAUCAUUUUUAUUUCUUUAGGAAAAACUUCAGGCCCAUUUGAAGACUCUGAUGAAAAGGAGAGAAAAGCUCCUGAGAGUGAAAUGGUUUAGAGAAGGGAAAAUUUGGGAAUAUCUGGUAGGUGCUUUGGGACCACAAGGGAGAGGGAGUUCCAGGGCUGAGGAGCAGUUACCCAGAACCACCUCCCACACAGUUUCAUCAAAGAAGCUUUGUGUAUAUGUGGUCCUUGCAGGAAACUGCUCUUUGCUGACAUUAGGAAUCAUAGUGGGACUUAAGGGAAGAAGAGGGAGCCUGAACUAUGCCAGGCUCUGAGUUUGGCCUUAGAGGUCAAAACCAGCAUCAUCUUUUGCAUCCAGAAACACAGUGGAAGCCAGAGCAGACUCUGGAGCACUGCAGCAAUGUGCUCCUGACAACCCGCCUCUGUCACAAAGGAGGCUGACUUGUCCUGCACCAGCUGCAGCUUCUGGAUGGGGCUCAAGUGCAGGCCCAUAGAAAGCACAUUUCUGCCUGAGGUAACAAAGACGUGGAUGGCAAUUGCCAGAUCCAGACCAGAUGGUGUUGGUGAAAGGUACCCCUAGUCACUCCCAUUAAUGAGCAGUUUCUUUAUUCACCACAAGCCAGGAGGGCUGCCAAACAUCAUCACCUCUGUCUUGUCUAGAUUCAACUUCAAUUGCUUCUCCUGUGUCCAGUCCCCAGCUGUUGCCAGCUUCUGGGUAAGGACCAAGACUGAAGUGCCUGGUUUAGAUGAAAAAGAGGGACAGAGUUAAGUGUGAUCAGCAUAGUGAUGGUGCCUCACUCCAAACCUGACUGAUCUUCCCCAGCAUGGCCACCUCCCAUUAAUACAUAUUAGUGUCUAAUGCAAUGGCAAGAAUAAAUCACUUCAGAUCGACAUGGGGAAGGAUAUUAUCCAGGUGUCUUUGUCUUUGCCAAGAAUCUCUCCCUUGCACACUCAGGCCUGUGCUGGUGUCACUUACUAUAGUUGUUUUACAGAAACAGGCAGGUGCCGAGAAGCAGAAGAUUGUGUCUGAGUUUAACCAAUUGCGCCAGCUAAUAGAGGAACAAGAGCAACUCCUGCUGGCCCAGCUGGGAGAGCUGGAGGGGUGUGUGAAUAUGCAGAAAGAAAAGGGCACCAAACUCUCUGAGGAGAUUUCCAAUCUCAAUGAGCUGAUUGGCGAGAUGGAGGCGAAGUGCCAGCAGCCAGCGAGUGAGUUCCUGCAGGAUAUCCGAACGACUCUGAGCAGGUGUGACAAGGGGGAGAUCCCACGGCCAGUGCCAAUUUCUCCAGAGCUGGAAAGGAGACUCCAGGAUUUCUCCCAGAUAACUUGUGCCCUGAUGGAGACUGUGAAGAUGUUCAAAGACACUGUGCCAUCUGCCCUGGAAAAGAGGAGCAGGGGUCCAUCGCAGCCAUACACCAAGGGUAGGCUCUCAUCGGGAUUGUCCUGAGUCAUAGAAAAUUCCCCAAAUCCCCCACAAGCCAUGGACACUUUCUCUGCUCAGGCCUGUGCCCUGAGACUGAUGUUUUGCUGUUGAUUCAGAGGUGGGAGGUGGCCGUUGUCCCUCAGGGCUGCUGUCUCUCUUCUUGCCCCUGGCAGGGCAGCUUCCCCUGUUUCUUCUCCCACUGUCUUCCUCUUCUUGGGGCAGGGCCGGGCUCUCCCCAGGGAACUGCUCCCUGCUGAGCGGGAAGGAGUCGGGGAGGUGAAGUUUCUGUGCCUUGUGCCACCUCCUCAUCCUCCUGCACUAUUUGAGCAGCUCCUCUCCACUGCUGCCUCUUCACCUCCAUUCCCAGCCUGGGAGCGCAGGGCAGGUCAGAGGAGGGAGCAUGAGGCUGUCGCCUGCCUCCUCUUGCCCCCCCUCACUCACAGCUCUGGGGCCCUUCCUGCCCGUGUCCCUGCUCCUGGAAAUGGGGCAGCCCCCGCAGGGGGGCCAAGGAGCAGGGGCAGGAGUUGCUGCCAGUGCCAGGCUGUGGAGCUGCGGGGCCAUCUGUGCUCAGCCUCUGGGCUCAGGGCAGAGGCAGCCACUGGGGCCCAGGAUGAUCCCAGGCAGGAUGGGGUGGUGGGGACGGGGAGGAAAGGCCCCACCUGCCCCCGGGCUGAGAGCUGCCCCGUCGCUGUGAUUCUCUCUG